ACGAAACGAUUUUCUGUUGUAACUUGGAGGCGUGCUGCGCCUCGCUUCUUUACCGCAGUCAGUCAACCCGCUUAUCUGUGAAUGGUCGAGUGGUUACGAUCCGCAAUCUUCGCCCUUUUGGACUUGCCAAUUCACAGAGCGCGCGGCUCAUACAAAAGCCCCGGACCAAGACCGAAACGGGGUGAGAGUGCGCCUCGUAAAGGAGAACGGAGUUCCCAAUCUGGAGAUAUGUGUACGUACCACCAACUUUGUGUUUGUAAUUCAGGGGUAACUAGGCAGGAGAGGAAUCGCAGAUUCUGAUUGGCUCUCGUCGACCUGGGAAAAGGGUUUCCCCAGCGACGGCACUGAGGGGUCCCGUGUCUUGCCCGAUCAAAACGCAGACGAGUAUAAAACUCUCAAACACCCCCGAAACAUCAGGGAAACCGCUCUUU